AAUCACAAGAAAAUGCAGAACAUAGUAGCACACACAGGUGCUGCACCAAGGCAACUCUUCUGAAUCCUUAAUGCUGCGGCUUGCACUGCGAAGAGCUUCUUCAGCGGCCACCGCGUACACCCUUAAUGGCGGUGGCCGGUUAAUUUCCGGUUCGGCGUCGAGUCCGAGCCUUUCGAUAUGGAGGCGGAGGAAGGAGUUGGGGAAAGAAGGCCUCGUCGUCGCUAAAGAGCUCAAGAGGCUCCAAUCCGACCCGGUCCGCCUCGACCGGUUCAUCCGGUCCAGCGUUUCUCGCUUACUCAAGUCAGACCUUGUUGCCGUCCUCGCUGAGUUUCAGAGACAGGACAAUGUCUUUCUCUCCAUCAAGUUGUAUGAUAUUGUGCGCAAAGAAAUUUGGUACAGGCCGGACAUGUUCUUCUACAGAGACAUGCUUAUGAUGCUUGCAAGAAACAGAAGGGUUGAAGAAGCAAAGAGAGUCUGGAAUGAUUUGAAAGGGGAGGAGGUUUUAUUUGAUCAGCAUACAUUUGGAGACAUCAUUAGAUCUUUUCUAGACAGUGGAUUGCCCUCAGAGGCAAUGGAAAUAUAUGAAGAAAUGAGACAAUCCCCUGAGCCCCCUCUGUCGUUGCCUUUUCGCGUGAUAUUGAAAGGGCUCAUUCCAUAUCCAGAACUAAGAGAAAAGGUAAAAGAUGACUUUUUAGAGGUUUUCCCUGAUAUGAUCAUCUAUGACCCACCCGAGGACUUGUUCGAUGAUGAUGAAAAACCCAAGGAUGAAGCUAAUGAGAAUGUUACUGCUUGAUGUUGAGAUAUUGAUGCUUACAGCUUGAUGUCAUGCAAUGUGGGGAGAUGGUAGCUGUUGUUGUAAGUAUCCACAAAUUGUUUUGCUUCUGUUUUGGUCAGCUCAGAUUUUCCAACUUUUGAAGUUCUGUUUUUUUUUUAGUGUAAUCAUUGUACAUCUGAGCCUCAACAGAAUGAGAGAAUGUUGAUUUUGAUGAUGCAUUACUUGAGCUUAGGUUUGAAAUAGAUAAGGAGGUUGUUCAAUGAUAAAAAUAUUUAGUGCUGAUUUUGUUAGUUGGCUUUUAGUUCUCUAAGUGUAGUUUUUAAGCUGGUUUUUGUUGCCUUUUAUCAGGGUGAAUUAUGCUUUCCCCUUAGUAUGUAGGCUCUUAGUUUUAUCUUGGCUUAAUUCCAGUUUGGGUCCCUGAUGUUUCACAAAUGUGUGGUCUGCACCCCCGUGUUUAAAAUGUGCGGUCAAGCUCCAUGAUGUCUCUAAAACGUGUGAUCCAAGCCCUUCCGUCUGUUUCCGUCAGUUGACCGAACGGAGCUCGCCACCAGGUCAUUCAUUAAAUAACGUGGUUUGUCCACGUGUAAUAAAACAUCUGAGCCUCAACAUAAUGAGAGAAUGUUGAUUUUGAUGAUGCAUUACUUGAGCUUAGGUUUGAAAUAGAUAAGGAGGUUGUUCAAUGAUAAAAAUAUUUAGUGCUGAUUUUGUUA